CAAAGCGGAGAGCACAGGAGCGCCGGGACUGGAGGCUGCCCAGGCUCGGGUGGUCGAGGCUGAUCUGGGAGGAGGCGGCUUCGGCACAGGGCAGACAUCAUCAUGGCCCUCCUGGUACACCUGCUGGUCUGCACCUUCGGGAUGGGCUCCUGGGUGGCCAUCAACGGGCUGUGGGUAGAGCUGCCCCUGCUGGUGACGGAGCUGCCCGAGGGGUGGCACCUUCCCUCCUACCUCACGGUGGUCAUCCAGCUGGCCAACAUCGGCCCCCUCCUGGUCACCCUGCUCCAUCACUUCCGGCCCGGAUGCCUUUCCGAAGUGCCCAUUAUCUUCACCGUGCUGGCUGUGGGCACCCUGGCCUGCACCCUCUUCGCCUUCCUCUGGAAUGUCACCUCCUGGGUGCUGGACGGCCACCACAGCAUCGCCUUUAUGGUCCUCACCUUCUUCCUGGCCCUGGUGGACUGCACCUCUUCGGUCACCUUCCUGCCUUUCAUGAGCGGGCUGCCCGCACGCUACCUGACCACCUUCUUUGUGGGUGAAGGACUCAGCGGCCUCCUGCCUGCCCUGGUGGCUCUUACCCAGGGCUCGGGUCUCACCACCUGUGUCAAUGUCACUCAGCCAUCAGACACCACCCCAACGACUGAAACCACCGGGAAGACUGUCUUCCUACAGGAGGCUAACAGCACUUUGGUGUCUGACCUGACUGGGAUGACACAUUCCGCCGUCCAUCUGGAAAGCCGCUACCUCCCAGCCAACUUCUCGCCCUUGGUCUUCUUCCUCCUGCUCUCCUUCAUGAUGGCCUGCUGCCUGGUUGCUUUCUUUCUCCUCCAGCGUCAGCCCAGACCCAGGGAAUCUUCCAUAGAAGACCUCCUCACCUCCCAGAUCACCCUCCACUCCAUCCGGCCACGGGAAGGGGAGGACCUGGGCCCCCCAGACCCAGGAGCUAGCAGCAAGGCUCAAGGGCAUCCAGAGGAGAAAACGGCCUCCGACCACCCAGCCCACCUGCCCGUCAUCUACAUCCUGGUGGCUUUCGUGAAUGCGCUCACCAACGGCGUGCUGCCCUCCGUGCAGACCUAUUCCUGCCUCUCCUACGGGCCUAUUGCCUACCACCUGUCCGCCACCCUCAGCUCCAUGGCCAACCCUCUCGCCUGCUUCCUCUCCAUGUUUCUGCCGCACAGGUCUCUGCCAGUUCUGGGAGUCCUCACAGUGCUCGGGACUGGCUUUGGGGCCUACAACAUGGCCAUGGCCGUGAUGAGCCCUUGCCCCGUCAUGCAGGGCCACUGGGCUGGAGAAGUCCUCAUUGUGGCCUCGUGGGUGCUGUUCAUUGGCUGUCUGAGCUACGUCAAGGUGAUGCUGGGCGUGAUCCUGCGCGACCACAGCCGCAGCGCCCUUCUGUGGUGCGGCGCGGCGGUGCAGCUGGGCUCCCUCCUCGGAGCUCUGCUCAUGUUCCCGCUGGUCAACGUGCUGAGGCUCUUCUCAUCGGCCGACUUCUGUAGCCUGCAGUGCUCCACUUAGGACACCUGGAGCGGUCCAGGACAGGGCCCUGACCUGCCCCCAUUACUAACACCUGGGAAGUUGAGCAGGGCACAUGCCUAAGGUCACAAGGGCAAGUGGCAGGGAGCUGGGAGGCCCAGGCUGAGCACUUAAGCAAUCCCCACCAGCUCCCCUCAGGAACGGUGGAGAACGCCACAAGGCCCCCCACGGGACCUGGAAGUGCAAAGCACAGCCCUCCCCCAGUCUGUGUCACAGUGCCCGCAACUCCAUUGCACAACUGCUUCCGACUCUUGAGAGAGAGCAGGUUUGCAGCACCCAGCUGGAGGCAGGCUCAAGAGUGUCCGAAGGGCGACGGCUGAGAGGGUGAGCUAGCCCUCACAGGCUGUGAGACCUCGGGGAAGUCACUUAUUUCUCUGUGCCUCGGUUUCCUAAAAUGGGGAUUAUGAUAAAUAGCACCUACCUCAUAGGCUUAGCACAGUGAUAAAGGGGAGAAGCGCCCAGCAUGUAGCAAGCCCUCUUGGGCCAUUUCCUGAUCUGCUGCCCGACAGAAAUAACAAGGGACAAUCUACACAACGUAGAAGUGGCCAGGGUGGUUGAGAGAUGACCCCUGUCCCGUUUCCUUUUUCCCCCCUCUCCUCGCAGAGAAGCUUCUAAAAGACAGAUGGCAAAGGGUGGGACCCUGGGCAUCCUGACGCCCCAGUUCCCAAUAUGGAUGGACGUUGUACCCCACACACCCCUUCCUGUCACCCCUCCUGACCCACAAGGUCCUGCUCCUUGGAAAGUGAGUGACCUCCUGGGAGGCAGAGAGAUGAUGGGGGGAGGGGCUACACCAAAACUCUGGAAGUGAGUUCCCUCCCCUCCCCCACUCACCAAGGCCAGGAUUAGACCCUGAGAACCCUGGGAAGUCCGGGAAGGAGUGCAUUCGCUACCUGACUGUUCUUUUGUUCUCUUUUUUUCUUUCUUUUUUUUUUUUUAGAUAAACAUUUCCCUGCUUUUACACUAAAAUCAGCCCUCCCAAGAAAAAGUCUAACAUGAACCCCAAAAUCAGUAUCAUCAGUUUUCAGUUAGUUCUAAGGUCAAGGCUAAGCUCAGAAAUUAAUAGAAUCAAGUGCUUAGAGAAUGUCUGGUCCUGGGACUUCUUUUUCUUUAGUGGUGUCUUUGCUUGCCACCAGCCCUCUUUUAAUUUAUUGUGAAUAAAUAAUGUAGUCACAUGUUUCAAAAAUCAGAAAAUACAAAAUGUUCAGCAAAAAAAUUCCUUCUCUCCUGUCCCCCAUCUGCCCAGUUCCUCUCAACACACACAAAGACACACACGCAUGUGCACGUGCACACACACAAGCACUUUUACUAGUUUCUUGUUCACUCUUGCAGAGUUAUGCAAGUACAAAUACAGACCCUUUUUACAGAAAAAGUACCAAACUACUGUGUACCUUGCACUUUCGCUCAACAAUUAAAAUGGAGAGAAGUUUCUGGCUCUUGGUCGUGACCAUAUAGUAUUCCAUUGUGGGGAGGUACCAAAUUUAUGGAACCAGUCCUCUGUAGAAAGACAUUUGAAGCUAUUGGAGACAAAAUUUAAAACAAAAAUCUCCCGCCAACCAGAAAACCUCUCCACAAAGGCAGAAGAGAAAGAAAACCAUUUUAUUACUAAAUAAGCGUUAAACCAGAUUAUGGGUGCACAGCACAGACAAUCAACUGAAAAGCUUGCAAAGGCAGAAAGAAACCCCUCCUUUCACAUCGUCCAGAAGAUACAACCUACUACAUCCAUAUUCUCAAAUGGUAGCUGGUCCUCAAGGGAAGGUCACAUCGUUCAUCCUGAAUUCGCCUAGUAAGUAAUUGGGAUGGCUAUCGGGGUUAGCUAACUGUCUUUAUCCGCAGAAAAAAGAAAUUCAUGUCUUCAUGAGGAGGUUUUUCGCAACUUGAAGCCAAACACUGAUGUUAGGCUCCUACUCUCGCCCAGAGGCUGGGUGAUGGGGGCACUGACUUUCUUCACGUUUACAUUAUAAAGAGAUGGUCUUAUAUACGUUAUAAAGAGAUGUCUUUGAGAAAAG